AUGGUUCUAGAUAAUGAGAGGGAUUUUGGGGGCGUGGCUAAUAGGCAUGAGCGAGAGAGUGAGAGAUGGAGACACAGCGAAAAGCCACGUUUGGGGAGACAAUUCGUGGUGUUUUCAUGCAAGCCAAAUUGA